AUGUCGCUCAUAUCCAAUAGAAAGAGACCCAGGGGGUUCAGUGAAACGGUGUUGAUAGAGGAGAACGAAGACGACGUCGUAGAUGAAGAUCCGGAAGUAAUUGACGAUGAAGACGACGAAGACUUGAUCAUACUCGAGGAACGGGACUUGAUUCCAAAACCGCGCAGGAACAACUCUGACUCCUUGCUCAUUCUAGACAGCGAUGCCGUAGAGGCAUACAACAUGUUCAAUGUGAACAACAUCAACAACAACAUCAACCAACCGUUUGAGAUCGGCGCAAACAACAACCCUAUAAAGAAACAGAGAACCAACUCACUACCGCAGUUACCGCAGGCUCGCUGUUUCUACACCAAGUUGCCAAAUAACUACAUCUUUCAAACGCCGAAGUUGGGCAACAUCAAGACGAACGUAAUACCCCACCAGCUCAACUUACCUCCUUGUGACGAUGAAAACGGCCAUUAUGUCAUCAAGUUGAACGAGACCUUUGCCAAUCGCUUCAUCAUCAUCAAACUUCUUGGCCAAGGUACAUUUGGCAAAGUCGUGCAAUGUUUUGACAAAGUAAAUCGUGAGCAUGUAGCCAUCAAGAUAAUUCGUAAUAUCCAGAAGUAUCGCGACGCUGCUAAGAUCGAGUUGCGCAUCUUGUCGACUCUAAAGAAGUUCGACAACAAGAACGUCAACCAUUGCAUUCAUCUCCGGGAAUGCUUUGACUAUAGAGGCCAUAUCUGUAUAGUUACGGACUUGUUGAAGAUUUCGCUUUACGACUUCUUGGAGAACAACAAGUUCAUAUCGUUCCCCGGGUCUCACAUCCAAGCCAUUUCUAAACAGUUGAUACGUUCUGUGAGCUUUUUGCACGACUUGAACUUGAUUCACACAGACUUGAAGCCAGAAAACAUCUUGCUCCACGACGACUCUCACAUCAAGAAGAACCUAUACAGCUCUACUAUCGUAUCGAGUUAUAUGAACUUAUCGUCUUCCUCUGCACCUAAGAAGACUCCCAAGUAUCUGAAGGUGUUAAAAAAUCCAUUGAUACAGAUCAUUGAUUUUGGUUCUGCCAUCUUUAACGACGAGUACCACUCCUCUAUUGUCUCUACGAGGCACUACAGAGCUCCAGAAAUUGUUUUGGGCGUAGGCUGGUCGUUUCCGUGCGAUAUGUGGUCUAUUGGGUGCAUACUCGUAGAGUUGAUCAUUGGUGAGCCUCUCUUCAAGACCCACGACAACUUGGAGCACUUGGCGAUGAUUGAGAAGAUCUGUGGCUACAGAAUAGAUAAGGCCAUGGUCAAGUUGUCCAAGGAGAAGGAAAACGAGUGCGGACUCGAAUAUUUUACCAAGGAAUAUAUCAGCUCUGAAGAAGACUCGGAUGGUGACGACGACGUGAUUAUAGACGACGAAACUACCAAGUACAACUCAUUGACGUUGAUGUUUCCUACGAACUCGACUCCUAUGAAGUUCAUCAACAGCGUAGACGAGUUGUCGCGGAUCGACUUGUUUGUUAGUUCUCGUAUCGGCUUGGAUAUCGACUUUGACUAUUCGUUAUCGGCCAACUACGAGAAAAAUAAGAACAUCAUCAACUUCGGCAACUUCACGUUCUGGUGGUUCUUCAUCGACCUUUUGCGCAAGUUGUUCGUCAUAAACCCGGAAGACCGUCUCAAUGCCAUGGAUGCAUUGUACCAUCCGUGGUUCAACUUGGGCAUUGAGGAUGAGGGUACAUUGUAA